AUGUAUGGGAGCCGGCCGUCCGCCACGAUGGAAGAACGCGUUGGAGUUGCGAUCGAGAGCAUAUCAAAGAAGCCAUUCGUCUCGAGCUACCUCGCGGCUGAUAAGCCGCAUGCCGUCUGCGUCAUGCUUGACUCGUCCAUUCCAGGGGAAGGUAUCGCUACAAAAUCUGAAGUCGAGGCUACAGUCAAGAUGAUAGAGUUCCAGUACCAGCAAGCCUGUUUCACCAAUCAUCAUACCAAGUUGAUCCUAGUCUGCACUCAAUUUGGCAAACAGGUAGCUCGCAUUACGCAGGCAUAUUUCGAUGCGAAAAUCGGGAGGCUGAUCCUCCGCCAGUCUCGAGUUCUCGAACUGAGGGGGGCUGAAACUCCUCCGGAUGCUUGGCUUAUGCUUCGCUGGAUGGUCUCCAGCCCGGUCGGCCCAACUCAGUAUCAGCCACCUACGAGUCCGCCAAAAGACUUCCGCGAGGAGAGCUCUAGCCGCCCACCGCAUAUUACAAUUUCCAGCUAA